AUGGACCCCAUGAGAGCACUAGGAAUAGUAAUUGAUGCUGCUGAAGGGUCCUGGUGGUUUAAAGAUAUGCCUUCUAGUCGAGCUAGGUUUUCUAAGGAAUCUUCGAUUGGUCCUGAACAAAUAGCGGGAAUUAGAAGACUCGAGCCAGAAGAAGCCAUAAGAUUGGACCAAGUGGUGGAGGAAGAAUUGAUAAACACCGACAAUUCCGUUGGUCUUACUUAUCUCACCGAACAUCAUUUCGAUGUCGGAAAGAGCCAACCAAUCAUGAUCACUUCAUAUGUUUCUGAUCAACACAAGAAAUAA